AUGGCAGACGUGAGAGCUCUCCUCGCGGCUGAACGCCAGUCACGACGGAUCGCGCAUCCUCAUCUCUCCUAUACGAAAUCCGGCAUACUCCUGUGCAUUGUAUGUAACCUGAACGUGAAGUCGGAAACCCUCUGGGAAGGCCACCUAAGGAGUGCCAACCACCGAAAGAACGCGCUUGCUUCCCAAGAAACCACCGCAAAGCAGCUGAAGCGCAAGCACGAAGACGACGAGGUCCCACGGGAAGACCGUUACGAAGCAGACCGGGACGGCAGGAAGAAGCCCAAGUCUCGAUCAGUGACCUUGACCGGCACGACGGAGGAAGAGCCUGCAGAAUUAGCAGGACGAAGCUUGCCAACAGAGCCUCAUUCCCAGCCUCCUUCACCGCCCUCAGUGCCAACGGCUUCCUCUGAACCAGACCUCCCUCCCCAAUCUCAGGCACCGCAACCCGACGGCACCCGACCGCAACUACAAGUAGACGAAGACGAAUGGGCGGCAUUCGAGCGCGAAGUCGCGCCAUUGACAGAAGCCACGAAGUCCGCCCAGCCUCCCACCUACGAAGGCGCCACAAUCAUUGCGGCACCGGUCACAGCUGCACAAAUCGCACAGCAAGCAGACGAGGAGAAACGGCGGAGGCUGGACACCGAGGCAGACGACGAGAAGGAAGACGAGGGACGCCGGCUAGAAGACGAGUUCGAUGUGAUGGAGGAAAUGGAAGAGCGGGUGCGCAAGCUUCGUGAGAAGAGAGAAGCGCUCCGACAUAUCGCAUUUGUCAAAGACAGGCCAGAUAAGGACCAACAACCUGCUUCUGCAGCAGACGGUGGACCGGAGGCUGCACUACUACAUGGCUACCACGCGAGCGCAAAUAGCCUGCCUAACGAAAAUUAUGACCAUGAUAAUAACCCUGAUGGUGAUGAUGAUGAUGACGACCACGACGAAGAUGAUGAAGACGAUUGGUAUCGGUAG